AUGGCCUCCUUCACAACAGCUGCCCUGACCAACAAUCCUCCUCCCGACCUCCCAAAUGAAAUUCUCCUAAUCAUCGUCCAAAACUGCCCCCGCGCCACUCUGAAAAAUGUGCGAUUGGCCUCCAAACGUCUGGCUCAGAUGGCCGAUCCCUAUCUGUGGCGCAAAGUGGUCUUGGUUCCCAACGAACAUUGCAUCCUCGGCUUCGUCAAGGCGCUCAGACCCUCCAACGUGACUCGCCUCAUAAAUAAACUAACCUAUGACGCUCGCUUUGGAUCUUUCUUCCACCACAUCAAGACAUUCUACCCACAUUCUGUAUGCUCUUCAGACUCGAAAGAUGAAAGGGCUCGCGCAGAGGCAUUGCUGGACCGUGCGGCUCAAGGACGCUUUCAACCAUACGAGGACAUGGCUAUUGAGGUUGCCAUGCUCACCAGAGCGUUAAAGAUACUGCCCAACCUGCGCGAGGUCCGUGUCCGGGACAAUGAAGACGGAAUCCACGGUGCCUUCACCAAGGUUCCCUUCUUUUACCAGAAUAUCUGCCGUCUCGUCCUGAUCAAUCCAGAAGAUGUGAACUACAAGCUCAUGGCAGGCAGUCCUGGGAGAUCUUACACCAAGGGUAUGCUAACAGCCGCCUAUUCGGCCGGGACUCGGCUUCAAAGCUUCAAGAUGACAAGUGUAGACGGUCGUGCCUUGUUCGGCGUGGUGCCCAUGAAAUCAGCCGCAGCACAUCAGCAACUAAGAAUCUUCCAGGCCAUGAUGGAGAAUCUCCGAUACCUCAACCUUGGCUUCCGCAAUGACACCUUGGUGACUACUGCCAAUCACAUCGAAGCUGUCCAGACUCUACUGAAAUCAGCAAAGAGAGUCAAGACCCUGAGAUUACGCAUGACCGAUUGCAGUGUGACACGCUAUCAGUAUACCGACGACGAGCUACAGUCAGAUUUGAGCGGCCUUCUCGAAACUCCUACAGGGAGCUGGAUCUCUCGACCUUUGCUACCGCGCCUUGAGGCCUUGGCCAUCGAUGCGUGUAUAUGCCACGAUGAAGACCUGAUGCACUUCUUGAAGAUCCACGCAUCAUCUCUGCGUCGACUAGAGCUCUCGAACAUCACACUCCUCGGUGGCGAAGAUCGUCGAGAAUGUUGGGUCAGGCUGAUCAAAACUAUCAAGAGUGAUCUGAAGCUCACCUCAAUUUCCUUUAGUGGAUGGUUCAGCAACGGUGGUCGUCAGCAAUGGUUCGUGGCCAAGGACAGCGUGUGCGUGGACCGAUUAAAGGCUCGGGUGGAAACAUAUGUCAUCGACAGCCGGAUUCGCAACUGUCCCUUGGAACCCGUUGCCAUCAAGCCGAAUCAAGGUGACGUCGAAAAGCCAGCCAACGGAGAGGAACACGAGGGCGAUAUGACCUGGGCGAUGGUCUACUCGAGCCGCUUGGGCGACCAGAUGGACUGGACCUUAACGGAACCAUCAUUCAGCAUUUCUUCGGGCGAAGUUUCCAAUGUGUCUUCUGCAUCUGGCGACGCCGGCGCAUCUGCGAAUCAAGAUGCCGACCAUUGGGGCUGUUUCGAAGAGCCGGCGGUCGGGCUGGAGAAUACCAACAACACCAUUGGCGUUGUAAACUUCGCAAUUGCGGGCAAGGAAAAGAUAAAUCAGCCGCCCGUCCACCACUCACACUCUGGAGCCCUGUCCACGUCCAGCUCGUCGGUGCACAAUCCCACUUGGAUGAUCCCACCACCACACUCGAUAGUCGUUAACCCCGGUACGAAUUAUUCGUGA